CCCAUAUUAAUAAUCUACCCACUUGAACUUCGUUGUUAUUCAUAUUUAAGUACCUUAAAAAAAUACAUAUUUGAUCGUCACUUUGUGGGUUUGCGCCGCAAAAGCAAACUUAGGCCUCGUUGCAACUGUGCGCCGCCCCCAUCCCCACAGCCUGCUCAUCACUCUCAACUCUCAUCCCAAAUCAUACUUGUAACCACUACUAUACUCUAUGGAUUUGGACAUGGAAAUCGAUAUGUUUUCUCACUUUUCUGACCCACUUCCUAGUUUCUGGUCCAACAACGUCCCGGAAUCUCCGUCGGUGUCAGAUUGUGGCAGUGGUGCUGGGCCAGCUGCUAGGUUUUCUGACGAGGAGGUUUUGUUGGCUUCAAGCUGUCCGAAGAAGAGGGGAGGGAGGAAGAAAGUCAGGGAGACUCGGCACCAGGUGUACCGAGGUGUCAGGUGGAGGAGCAACAGUAAAUGGGUCUGCGAAGUGCGCGAGCCAAAUAAGAAGUCGAGGAUAUGGCUCGGGACGUUUCCGACUGCGGAAAUGGCUGCGAGAGCUCACGACGUUGCUGCGAUUGCUUUGAGAGGUCGGCUAGCUUGUCUCAAUUUCGCCGAUUCGGUUUGGAAGCUGCCUAUUCCGGCUUCAUUGAAGCCCACGGAUAUUCAAAAGGCGGCGACGGAGGCGGCAGAAGCGUUUCGGCCAUCGUUGCAGUACCUAGAGGUUUCUGGUGACGUAACGAAGCCGGAGAAUGUGCCGGCGACAAUGCCGGAGAAAAUACUUUACGUUGACGAGGAGGCGGUUUUCGGUAUGCCGGGAUUUCUUGCAAACAUGUCAGAAGGAUUGAUGAUACCUCCUCUACUACCUCACUGUGCAGGAGGAGAGUGGUACCAGGGUGAUGACGUGGAAGCUUUUGAUGACGUGGCACUCUGGAGCUUCUCAAUUUAAGAACCUUAGUCGUUUGCGCUUGAAUAAUGAUUUACACCUCUAAAAAAAAAAGAUUUUUAAUGAAGUUUUAAUUAUUUUUUUUAUUGAACAGUUCAUUAGAACUGUACUGCAGAAGCUCUAAUUACAGCUCUGCAACAGUUUCGUUUUGGCUUUUGUCUGGUCCGAGAAAGAAAGAGAUUUUUUAAAACUAGAUUACCAUACUUUUAA